CUCGCACAGCCUUUAUUCGUAAGAGAGAUGCCAGUCCCUCAAUCAUCUCUGUUGCCCUCCACAGUGGCCAAGAGCAAAUCUAAGUACAUUCUGGUGAGGAUGAAAAGCGCUGCGGAGACAGGCUACUGCUUCAACAUCAGGAGACUCCGGCUGCAGGAAAAACUGGUCCUACUGAGAUACGAUCCCAUCGCAAAACAACGUGUCCUCUUCACAGAGAAGAGAAAAAUCCGUUCUGUGUGAACAAUGACUGGACUUGAUUUAUACAUGAGAAGAGGAUGGUCUGGGGGGAGGAUGGGGUGAGCACUGAUUCAGAAAUCCAGCAACAUGGGCUGAAAAGAGAGGAAAUGAACUGGGAUCACCGUCUCCUGUGAUUUGAAGGCCAUUGUGAAUAAAACAAUGUAGAGAGAGAAAAUUCUUAAUGUCUGGACAUAGAUCAUCACAGUAACAUUUAUUUAUCUUUUGAGUUAUUUUUACAGUGCUCAAUUAAAAAAAAUUACAUAGCAAAUCCCAUUGUCUGUGUUUUCUAUUGUGAAAGAGACUGUAAUCUUCAAAGGAACUAUUGUUUUAUAAAGCAAUAAAAAUUAACAUUUUCCACAGCAGGAAUUCAAUGGCAGGAUUGCAAGUUUUUCUAACCUACCAGCCACAGAUGCGACAGUAGUGACCACGAGCUGGUGUCAUUACUUGGAGGGGUAAUAUUGCACCAGCUCCUUCUGAGGAAAGAAAGAAUGGCAACCUAGAUGAGUUUUUGGAUAAGCUAUUAUCAUGGUUAAAGGCCUGUGUUAUUUUCAGUCAGGUUAGUGGGAUGGGUUUUUCAUUCCUGGGGUUUUGUCAAACAUGAGGAAAACAGACAAGGUAGUUCUCUGAUGUUCUUGUAAGCUUCCUUAAUUAGCUUUCCUGUAUUUAGAGCAAUGGGGCUAGAAGCAUUUUUUCAAAGUCUACCUCAGUAGCAGUCCUGUCCUAUUUGCAGUUGGAGGGACCUUCCUGAGGGUGGGGAAGCAGGGAGUGCAGUGCCACACCUGAGGCACGUGGGCACAGGCUGAUAUAUGGGGCUUUG